AACCAGUGUUUUGGAAAUAAAAACAACUGCGUCCCCCUGUACCUGAAAACCCAGCGGCCACCCCCAAAUUUCUUCCCCCUUUUUUUUUUCUUUUAAUUUUUUAAAUUUAUUUCAUUUUAGUUUUUUUAAAUAUUUUGCUUCCCUUAAAUACUCUCACUUACCUCUUUUCUUUAAUCUCCCAAAUUCCCCACUCUCUUCCUUCGCUCUUCCAUUUCCUUUCUGUUCUCUCGAAAAACUCAGGGAACUCUUCCUUUGUUCUCUUGCACUUUCCUCUGCUUUUUCUUUCUUCUCAAACAUUUCAAAAUGCGAAUGAGCUGUAAUGGAUGUCGGGUCCUCCGUAAAGGAUGCAGUGAAAAUUGUAGCAUUAGACCCUGUUUACAAUGGAUCAAAAGCCCUGAAUCCCAAGCAAACGCCACCGUUUUCCUCGCCAAGUUCUACGGCCGUGCCGGCCUCAUGAACCUCAUCAACGCCGGCCCCGAACAUCUCCGCCCUGCGAUUUUUCGCUCAUUAUUAUACGAGGCUUGUGGGCGGAUAGUGAACCCGAUAUAUGGAUCGGUCGGGUUGUUGUGGUCCGGAAGCUGGCAGCUUUGUCAAGCCGCCGUGGAAGCUGUGCUUAAAGGUGCUCCAAUCACGCCGAUUGCUUCAGAAGCCGCCGCGAAUGGUCAAGGACCGCCGCUAAAAGCAUACGACAUUCGGCAUGUUUCUAAAGAUGAGAACUCCGCCGCGUCCAACGAGCUUCACCGAGUUAAGACUCGGUGCCGAGUCAAGCGAACUGUCAAGCCGAAGGUGAGUAAGCCGGUGGUGGAGGAGGAGAAUCGCAACCCCGAAGCCGAGGCGCAGUGUUACGCCGACGAGGGAAACCGGUCGACGAGUCACGAGUCGUCGUUGAGUCACCAGUCCGAGUUGGCCGUUAUGGACGGGGAUAGUAAAGAAACGGAGAGUAUGAUCUCGGUGGAAACAGCGGUGGCGUCACGCCUGUUUCCGGCGGAGCCGGAGUUCCGGUGUAAGGUUUCGGAGGAAAGGACGCCGGAGGGAAGCGGCGAUGUUGGGCUAGAACUAACGCUAGGGUUUGUGCCGGUGAUGUCACGUGCGUGUCACGUGGUGGUGCCCGUGAAGAAAAGGAGAUUGGAAGCAUAUGGCACGUGCGAGGAUAGCCAGACGUGUAAGGUAGAGCUGGGGCUCGAAUAUCCGGCUUAAAAGGCUUUGACAUGCAAAAGGAUAGUUUGGUCCAGUUUUGGCGGUUCCGUUUCGGCUUUUGUUUAUUUUUUACAUAGAAGAGUUGUGGGCUUUUCUUUUCUUUUUUUGUAAGUUCUUUUUGGGUUUCUCUCUCUCUUUUUUCUCCCUUUAUGAAAACAAAAAGGAAGAGAUGUACAAAUGGGGUUUACAUGAAUAGAAGUGGUAAAUUUAUGGAGGGAAUCACAAUAA